AACUAUGUGAAAAAGAUCGAAUCUGAAAAAAAAUCAAGUACAUGUUCCAGCUGUUACAAUCCACCAACCUACCACUGUUCAGAAUGUUUACUCUACUUAUGUGGGAAAUGUUCCAAACACCACAAGAUAAUACCAGCAUUGAAAAACCAUCAAUUAUACAUAUUGGAAUGGAAUGAAGAAGGAGCUGGUACAGAUGAAAAUUACAAAUGUCCAACUCAUUGCAACAAUGUACUGGAAUUCUACUGCUCAACUUGCAACAAAUCAGCAUGUGAGGAAUGUAAUCAAGUUCUUCUGUGUUAUCAAAACAAACAUGAUGUGAUUGAAAUGAAGACUGCUAUACAUAAGUUUAACCAAAAUGCUACUGAAGUUAUCAGAAUAGCUGAGGGCAUUGCAAUCAAUCUGAAAAGAAACCUUGAAUCCAUUACUAAUGAUAUGUCAAAAUUUGAAUCAGCUAUUGAAGUUAAGCAAAAGAGACUUAUCAAGACAGUUCAAAAGAAAAGCAAAGAAUUAAUCUCCAAACUUGAAGUGAUACACAAAGAUCAUAAAGUGGAAGAUAUUAAUUCACAGUUGAUUAAAACAAAUGAUCUGAUGGUCCGUAUCAAUACAGCGACGAAUGAACAAGAAAUAGAAACUUGUGAAUCAUAUUUGCAUCAUUUGAAGACUAUCAGAAACAUGGCCCGAGAAACUGAUAUUUGUCAAUCAUUUCAUAAAAGACAUAUUACACUAAAUAUCACUAAAUCUACACAAAUAGAAGAGCUGAUAAAUACUGAGGGCAUUGGUAAAAUAAUAAUGGUUGGGGACUUGUACAAGGUUGCUAAAGAUGAUGAAACAAUUACUGUCACAAAAGAAGAAAAAUUUGUUGUAAAAGUAUCCAGUAUAGCAGAAAAUGAUGCAUUUCAAUUAACUGCCACUCUAAGAAACUCAUCAGGAGAAGAGACUGCAACUGAUGUAGAUUAUCAAGAAAGUGGAGAGUACAAAAUAUCAGGUAGAUGCAAUGUGGAAGGUGAAUGGCAAAUGAAGAUCACUGCUGGAGCUGCACAGAUCAAAGGAUCUCCAGUGAAUAUCACGGUGGAAUCACUGGGACUUGUUCAUACCAUUAGUAACAUAUCAGAAUACAAAAAACAUAAUAAAAGAUGUAAAGUAAAAGAUGUAAUAUUAGAUGCCGAUGGAUGCUUAUUAGUAUCAAGCUACCAUGAAGAUAUAUUAUUAAAGUUCAACAAAUCUGGUUUAUUUGUUACAAGCAUACAGCUGCCACAAAAUGUAAUAGUCAAUAGAAUGCAUCUUAUGGAUAAUGGUCACCUAAUGUAUAGUCAUGUGUAUAGAAAUUGUGUUGUAAUGUGUGACGAUAAAUUUAAAGAAACCUGCUCAUUUGGUGAGGGGAUUUUGAAAUCUCCAGAGGGUUUGACAGUAAACAAUGAAACUAGACUGCUGUAUGUAACAUAUCACAGUGCUAACUGUGUGUUUAAAUUCAGUGUUGAUAAUGGUAGCCUGCUUGGCAACUUUGGUUCCAAGGGGUUAGAAAUAUAUCAAAUGAAUUCACCAAUUGAUGUCACUUUAUCUAAAGGUGGUCAUGUGAUUGUUGCUGAUUAUGGAAAUUGUAGAAUACAAAUGUAUGAUGUAAAUGAUAAUUUUAUCAGAGUUUUAAGCAAUGGAAUUUGGCAUCUUCAUGGUGUAACCACAGAUACGGAUGAAAAUAUAAUAGUGUCAAGCGCUCAUAGACUACAACUAUUUGAUAAAAAUGGUGACUUUAUAAAAAGAAUAGAUCACGAAAAUGAUAGACUAUGUGAGCCAUUUGGAAUCACUGUAAUCUCAAAUAGACAAAGAAAAGUAGCAGUAGCAAACUAUAUCCCAAACAAUGUUAAAAUCUUUAAUUAUUAAAUGACAAUGAAAUUAAUUAGUUAAUAGCUCAAUAUUGCUCAGAAACAAUCUGUCAACAGUUACGGCAAAACAAAAAUAACAGGUUGUUGUACGAUUAUAAGUAGAGAUAAACACCAUAACUGUUGCAAUGAAAAAAAAUAUAUAUAUGCAUAAUGUGAUAUCCUGCUUACCACAGGCCUAUAUUAUAUAUAAUAUUAGAUGG